AUGAGUAGUGGCGGUCAAGAGAAUAUAGGUGGGGUUCAACAUGAAGAACCACAACAACCAUCACACCAAUCAUCUUCAAUAGAGUCAGCCACAACUACAAUUGUAAUUCCAGCAAAUUUAACAGUUACCACUACAACAAUUACAGGAAAUACAAUUAAUACUUCAAACAGUAGUAAAGUUAUAGCACCAAGUACUUUGCCGUUACAAAAUAGUACUAGUAAUAAUAAUAAUAAUAAUAAUAAUAAUAAUAAUAAUAAUAAUAAUAAUAAUAAUAAUAUAGUUUCAGGAUCAUCAGCAUCCCCAUUAUCUACAUCCAUAAAUAUAUCUACAUCAAAUAUAGCAAAUACAACACAAAAUAAUAGCACAAAUAUAAAUAGUAAUAAUCCAGGAUCACCAUCUAUCAAUAGAAAUUUAACAAUCAAUACAAGUAAUUCACCACAGACUCCAGGUAAUAAUAGUACAACUUCUACAUCAGUUUUAUCAGGAUCUAUAACAUUCCCACAAUUAGGUACAUCAACACCAUUACCAACCAGCACUAUUUCAAAUGGUAGCACUCAAAUGGAAUAUCAAAAGGUCAUGGAAAAUAAAAAAACAUUAAAAAAGAUUUUAAAAGCUUCCAAGCAUUGGCAAGAUCAAGGUAAAACCCAUUUUAGUAGUUUAUAUUCCUUCUCUGAUGAAUUAAUCAAGCAAUCUGAACAAUUAUCAUCAAGUAAAAAAGAUUCAAAUUUAAGUAAUGCUUUAUUGUCCUUUGGUAAUACAUUAAAAGCUGUUAAUAGUGUUCAUGAUCAAAUGUCCAAUGAGGUUCAGGAUGUAUUUUGUACACCAUUAAACAAUUUUGUAGAUUAUGAUUUUGCUGAGGUUACAGAAUCAAAUAAAAGAGUUACCAAAGCUAAAGAGGAUUACGACACAUCAUUGGGCAAAAUCUCAUCAUCAAUAAAGAAAUCGAAAGCAGGUAUCGACGAGGUUAGAUUAUUCCAUUAUGAACAAGAGUUAGAAAAAUUAAAAGAGGUUUUUGAAACUGCCAAUAAAGAUUUAGAAAUUAAACUUUCAGAAUUAGCUCACAAGAAUGAAACUAAAUACUUAAAAUCAUUAAUAUUAUUUAUCAACUCUCAAUAUCAUUUCUAUAAUAGAGCUUCAAAGUUAUUUGCAAAUCUUAAACCACGAUUAGAUGAUAUUGAAAAGUAUUUAGAAGUAAUUCAGCCACCAAAAGUAGUAGAGGGUCAUUUAAUGAAAAAGUCUAAACAAGUUAUGGGUGGUUGGAAUAAAUGUUGGUAUGUUUUAAAGGAUGGCAUGUUAUAUUGUUAUAAAGGAAAAAAAGAAUUCCAUCCAGAAAAUGCUUUAAAUAUUUUAUUAUGUUCUGUUAGGGUACCACAGGCAUUGUUGGUAUCAUCACCACAAACUGUACAACAACCAACUAAAGAUCAAUCCAAUAGCAAAGAUAGCAAUCAAGAUUUUAGAUUUGAAAUUUUACAUCCAAGAAAGAAACAACCAAUUGUAUUACAAGCCGAAAAUGAAGAAGAAAGAGAUCGUUGGGUUAAAGCUAUCCAAGAUGCAAUUUCAAAUUCACUCAAUUGUCAAACUGUUGAAAAAAACCCAUCAUCAUUUAAUUCAUUAGCCAAAUCUGGUAUGAAUCAAAGUUCUCAAGCUAUUAGUCAAUCAAUUCAAACCGAUGAAGUUAAUCAACAGGUACUCCGUAUUCUUCAAAAGGUUGGUGGUAAUAAUUUAUGUGCUGAUUGUGGUCAACCAGAUCCAGAUUGGGCAUCUAUUAAUCUUGGAAUUAUUAUUUGUAAAGUAUGCAGCGGUGUCCAUAGAAGUCUCGGUACUCAUAUAUCCAAAGUACGUUCAUUAACUUUAGAUAAAUGGUCACCAGAAAAUAUUCUUUUUAUGAAAGAGGUUGGUAACACAAGAUUUAAUUUAUUAUUUGAACACCACAAGACCGAUGAAUUUCCAAAACCAACACCUCAAUCUGAUAGAAUGGACAAAGAGAAAUGGAUUCGUUCGAAAUAUAAAAAUAAAGAUUAUAUCAUAAAAUCAACUCUCUCUUCUGAAGAACUUAGUAAAACUAUGCAAAAGAAUAUUCAAGAGAAUAAAAGAGAUGUUCUUACUUAUAUCAAGUUGUUGGCUCAAGGUGCAGAAAUUAAUUAUAGCUCAGAAGAAGGUAGAACUCCAUUACAUCAAUCGAUUUUAAAGAGUGACGAUGUUUUAAUCCCAGAGCUUUUACUUCAAAAUGGUGCAGAUGUUACACUUGUCGAUCCACGUGGCUGGACUCCAAUGCAUUAUGCUGCAUUUUUCAAUAGACCAAGAUGUGCAAAUCUUUUAAUGAAGAGAGGCUCUGAUUCAAUUAGAACCAAAUGCCGUGAUCACCUUAGUCGUCUUGCUGUUGAUUUAGCCACUUUAAAUCGUUCAAAAGAAACAGAAAAGAUACUUAGAGGUGAAGAAAUUGAUACUGGUUUAAAUAUGGAUAACAUCGAAAAUAAUUGUAUACCAAUAUUCGAAUCUACUGUUCCACUCAGCACAGAUUUCCCAGCUAUUCACCAAGAAAUUUUAAGUGAUGAUGAAGAAGAGGAUAAUAUAGCCGAGCAUGAACACGAAAUUACAAGUUGGAGUGAAAGUGAAAGUGUUGGAAGAUCAAGUUUUUCAGGUACUGAAGGGAGUAAUGGUCAACCACAACAAGAUCAACAACAACAACAACAACAAAGUAACCCCCAAAUAACUAUUCAAACAACCAAUUCAUCAAAUAGUUUACAACAUCAACAACAAUUAAAUAGUAGCAGUAAUAAUUUAAACCAUAGCGGCUCAGCAAAUAAUAGCAGCAGUAGUUUUACAAGUUUAAUAUCAAAUAAUACAACCAGUAAUAAUACUUCAGUUGGUAAUUUUUCGAAUAGUGGUAUAUCAUCAAACCAAAAUUCAUCAAAUAAUUUGGAGAGUGUUGCUGUUAGUGAUACCAACACAAAUUCAUCGGUUGCAGGUGAAUCAUUUAAUGAUAUAUCAAGUGUAACAACUACAGAAAAAUCAGAUAAAAAGCACAAGGUCGAUAAAAAUUUAGAUUCAAAAGAUUAUAAAGCAAGUAGACCAAAAUCAUCUAAAAGAAGACCAUCUAUAUUGGGUAAAGGUAGAAACACUUUAAGAAUGAUGAAAAAUAAAUGGGGUAAAAAGGAAAGUGAUAGUGAAGAUAGUGAAAGUGAAAGUGAAGAGGCUGAAAUUAAUGUCAUAAACAAUAGGGAAUCACAUCAACCACCAUCACCAACUCAACAAUCGCAACCAAUCGACAAUGUAAAUAAAACCUCAACUGCCUCGUUAUCAUCAUCAACUAAUGCAUCAACAAAUGUUAAUUUAACUUCACAUAGUAGUGAAUCAUCACCAAUUUUAACCUCACAACCAUCCAAUAAUAAAGAAAAGGAAAAAGAAAAAGAUAGAAAAGAUUCAACAUCUUCUUUAUCAUCAUCACAACAAAGAGAGUUACAAAAUACCCAAUCAUCAUCAUCAUUAAAUAAUGAAGAUAUUACUAUUACUGAAUCACCAACAAAAGGCAAAGAUAAUAGUAGCAAAGAUAAUCCAAAUACUUCACCAACACCAUUUAAAAUGUUAUUAAAGAAAUUAAAAAUAAAAAAGAAAGAUGGUAAAGAAAAAACUUUAAGAGAUAAUUCAACAGAGGAUAUUGCUUCAGCAAGCGAUUUAGUUGAUGUUCCAGAUAAUGUUUCUGUUGGUACCAAUGAUGACUCUUUAGAAUCAGAUUCCUCAUCUUCAACUAAACGUUCAACAAUUUCAUCAACUUCAUCAAAAAAAACCAAAAAAACCAAAUCAAAUUUUGAUUUAUCUUCCGAAGUUACAAAUUAA